UCCCCGGUUCACAAGUGAAAGAGCUGACACAGCUUUUUUUUUUUUUUUUUUUGAGGGAGUGGGGUUUUUGGUCCAAGACUUGCAGACUUGAACGCACGGCUGGUCUCUGUGUCCGUACCGGGCAUCUCUUCGCAGGCAGGCUGUCACAGUCAGAGGCCGAGAUGACGGUGGAGUACCAGGACUCAACGGUAACAAAGAUGGACUUGGACGACAGCACAAUUGGAUACAGUCGCCUUUCCAUCAAAGGCAGCAAACUACGAUAUUCUGUGUUCGCCUUGCGAAACAGCCCCGUCAGGCUCGCUGCAGUUUGCCUCGCUGUGCUCUGCCUCCUUCUUUUGGCAGCGGUGAUUGGACAGAGUGUUCACUAUGGAAAAGUUGGACGAAACCAUGAAAAUAAAGUAAAGCUGAUGACGGAAGACAAAGAGAAGCUACAAGCAAACCUGAAGUCAAUGCAAAUCCAGCGGAAGGAUAUCGAAAACUCCAACAGUCAUUUACAAGCAAAUGUAAACUACCUGUCAAAGAAACUAGAUCUGACCCAGACCAAUAACAUUUUACUGACUAGCGAGACGAGUGAGUUGAAGCAGAGUCAGAGUCAGCUGCAGACCAGUAACUCAGCAAUGGCCUCACAGAUAAAAGAGUUAAAAUCUGGGAACGAGAAGUUGCAGUCUGACUACAACACCACCAUCUCGGCAAAAAAGUUGAUCCAAACACAGUUUGACGCUUUACUGAAGGUCAAAAAUGAACUGCAGACCAAUUACGACUCUUUGACCAAAGACCGGAACACUGUCCAGAACAAACUGAAUACCAUGACUCGAACCAAAGAAGAACUGCAGAAGAACUACAACGACCUGGUCAAGGAUGUUGAGCACUUACAAGAUAAGUACAACUCUUCUGCCAGUGAGAGGGACAAGAUCGCCAGCGCUCAUCGAAAUGCAACAAACGAAAAAGACAAUGUAUUGGCUCGCUACAACAUUGUGGUGAAAGCCAGGGAUGAGCUGGAGGCUUCGUACAAUUCUGUGGUUCAAGAGAAGAGGGACCUGGAGAGCAACAUGAGGAACCUGACAGUGGAGCGAGAUGAGCUGAGGAAGGCGAAGGACAACCUGACUGCUGAGAGGGAUCAGCUGCUGCUCGACGUCAACAGACUAAACACUCAGUGCGCCAUUGGCUGGAAGAAGUUCAAGUACAGCUGCUAUUAUCUGUCUAAUGGUGAGAAAACCUGGAAGAAGAGCAGAGAAUAUUGCCAAUCUAAAGACGCAGAUUUGGCGAUGAUAACAACUGAGGAGGAAAUGGCGUUCAUCAAUGGCCUCUUCACAAAAGACAAUGAAGUCUGGUUCGGACUGACUGAUGAGGGAAUCGAAGGGAACUGGAAGUGGGUGGAUGGAAGCAGUCUGACCAAAGCGUUCUGGGCAUCUGGUCAGCCCAACAGCCACAAUGGUAAGAACCAGGACUGUGCGGAAUUUUGGCAUCACGAUUCUAAAGUCGGUGAAUGGAACGAUGAAAGCUGUGACCGUGAACGAAAAUGGAUUUGUGAGCGGUAGAUUCCUCACUUGUGGAUUCCAUUCAUGCUUGUUUGAUAUCUAAAGUAUGACUCUCAGUGAUUGCUUUCUUUCCCCUGUCACUAACAAAACUGCUGCUCGACUCCAUCCUCAGGUUCUGAGACUAACAAAACUGCUUCCCAAGGAAAGAGGAAUAGGCAAACAUGAUGAGGCACACACGAUGGUGCAGGAUGUGUUUUUUUAUGUGCUACGUUACAGCUUCAGUGACAAAACAAAUAUUUGCAGUGGACUCACAUCACCUCGUGGCUGUUGGUUCUUUUCGUCUCUGAGUUAUACAAAUCUGAUCUAAUUCUCAUUGUUUGGUCCAGCCGUACCUGGACUGGUCCGGGGUGCACUCAAGGCUGUCUGGAACUCACACUUGUGUUUUAGUCAUGUUAAAGAAGAGCGAGUGAAGAACAGCAAACUUAUGAGCCAUGUGUGCGCUUUGUUAAAAAGACACUCAUCUCAAUAGAGCUUCAUCUGUGGAGAUAUUGAAUGCCAUAUGUAUCCAGCUUGUUAAAUGUAACUCGGCUCUGCAUUGUUCUAUUCCUGCUUUGUAUAUUUACUCAAGUGAAAUGAGUCUGUUUUCAUAACUACUAUGAACUCUCUGAUUCUGAUGAGUGGAUCAUAUUAAUAAUCUUCUUGCCGUCUUUACAAUAAAGAAAAUCAUGUCAAUUUCCAAUAAA